AUGCAGACUGUUUCUACAAACAUUUGUGAAAGAAUGGGUCGCUCUCAGGAGAUCAGUGAAUUCAAGCGUGGUACUGUGAUUGCCACCUGUGCAAUAAGCCCAUCCGUGAAAUGUCCUCCCUACUAAAUAUUCCACAGUCAACUGUUAGUGGUAUUAUAACAAAGUGGAAGCAACUGGGAACAACAGUAACAGCCAUGGAGUGCUAGGCCACGUAAAAUGACAGAGCACAGUCAGUGCAUGCUGAAGUGCAUAGUGAGCAGAAGUCGCCAACUGUCUUCAGAGUCAAUAGCUAAAGACUUUCAAACUUCGCGUGGCCUUCAGAUUAGCACAACAGUGAGUAGAGAGCUUCAUGGAAUGGGUUUCCAUGGGUGAGCAGCUGCAUUCAAGCCU